UUGAUUGUAUACACCUGUGUCCAUGGAGGGGAUUGGAGCACCUGAAUCACAUGAUAUGGAGGGGAUUGGAACACCUGAAUCACAUGAUAUGGAGGGGAUUGGAACACCUGAAUCACAUGAUAUGGAGGGGAUUGGAACACCUGAAUCACAUGAUAUGGAGGGGAUUGGAGCACCUGAAUCACAUGAUAUGGAGGGGAUUGGAGCACCUGAAUCACAUGAUAUGGAGGGGAUUGGAACACUUGAAUCACAUGAUAUGGAGGGGAUUGGAGCACCUGAAUCACAUGAUAUGGAGGGGAUUGGAACACUUGAAUCACAUGAUAUGGAGGGGAUUGGAACACCUGAAUCACAUGAUUUGUAGGGCAAUACUUUGGGCAAUAUGGUGUACGUA